UGGUUUACUGUUAGAGAAUCAGUUAUUUACUUUUUAUAUUGUUAUUUAUUUUUGUUUUCGUACAAAGUUUUGAAUAAAAUUCGCGAAUAUCCCUGGCCAAUCUGUUUAGCUCGCACAAUGCCACAGUAUAUGGGCCAGGAGCUGCAUAUAGAGCUGAAAAGGAUCUUCGACAAAUAUGAUGAGGAUCGGAAUGGGUCCAUUGAGGCCCGUGAUCUGAACCUCAUCAUGCGUGACGUGGGCUUCGAGCCAACCGAAGCGGACCUGAACGAAUUCAUCGACGCGGCGGACGUCGGUGAACUGCGCUGCUUAGAUUUUAAGGAGUUCCUCCAAGUGAUGGCGCCCAAGCUGCGCGAAGUCGAGAGCGAUGAGAAUCUGCGUAAAGCCUUUGAAGUGUUCGAUCGCCAGGGUGACGGGUAUUUUAACGCUCUCGAUGUGCGCACCGUGAUGGCCACCGUGGGUGAGGUGAUUAGCGAGGCGGACAGCAGCUUAAUAAUUAACGAAAUGGACACCCACAACGAACAUCGUGUGGGAUUAAGAGCAUUUCUCGACUAUAUGCAUGCGGGCGGACCCAGCGAAAUGGCGUCACGGUAUUCAUAAAAAAAAGGCAUACACAAUUUCCACUGGUGCAAUAAAAAUUGAGAUUUGCUGCAUGCA